AUUACCGUCAGCGCACGAGUACCUUCUAAUUUUUUUAUUGUCUUUGCGUGUGUCACCGGAGUCUGUGUAUACGUUUAUGUUUGAAUAUCAUAGAAUUUUAUCAGUUUCACCUGUUAUCUCUAUUUACGGCGCGUGAAAUUGUUGGAUACUUUUCAUUGUUUUCAGUGCUUUGAAAAAAAUAUUUUUGUGACUUUUUUACGAAAAUAAGUUAAAAUGCAGCUGUGGAGCAAUUUGGUGAUUAUUUGCUUGCUUAUUUUGGCAUGUACAGGCAACAUAGCAAGAUCAACUUCCAACAGCCCAAAUCCCCAACACAAUGAUCAAAAGACAACAAACAGCAAAGUUUCAAUAGAUACUACAUCUAUCACAACUAAAGAAGAUAUAACACAGAAAUCAGCGUUGAACGCUACAAUAGACGGAACUAGUUCAAAUGUAAAUCAAACAAUAAAUUCAAAUUCAACAUCAUUAAAAAGCACCGAUUUAGAAACCACCACUGAAAAUGUUGAAACCACCACUGAAAUUGUUGAAGCCACAAAUUCUUCCAACUUUGUGUAUACUGUAAUUCCCACUGAAGAGAAAGAAUCCAAUAAUUCUCAAAUAGAUACUGAAGUUGAGGAUCUACUAAAAGUACCAGAGCACACAGAUGACGAUUCAGUACAUAUAACAAACGAUCCCGACCCGAUUAUAUUUUUAAGCGACGAUUCAAUUAAUGGUUGGAAAUUAGCUCAAAAAUAUCACGAGGAGCCUGUGCUUGAACGCAAAGGUUUAGUACCUGGAAAGGUGGCGGCGAUCUUAGCUGGAGUAUUUGUGGCAUUAUCAGUUGUGGGCUACGUUGCAUUAUUAAGUUGGAGAAGAUAUUUAGAAAAUAGAUAUGGUAACAGGGAAAUGCUAGUAGAAGACGAUUAUUGUGAAAAACAAAUGAAUGAUUUAGAACAUUUUUCAAUCUAACCAUGUUUUCUAAUACACUAACAUUUAUAAUUCCUACCUGCAACCAAAGAGAUUACAGUUAUAAUUAUGAAAAAAACGAGAAAAGAGUUUACUGAACUGCAUCUAGAGAUAAGCCCACGAUCGACCCACCAUCAACCAUCAUUAGCAUGGAAUGGAUGGAAAACGGUUUAUUUAUUAUUUAUAGAUUGUGAUAUAUCUUUACAUUCACUCAUGUUUAGUAUAUUAUUUUGUAAAUAGUUCUAACAAUACGCCGGUAAAGACUAGAUAUAUUUUUAAUCUUUUGUAGUGUUUAGAAAAUUGUGUUUUUACUGGGUGACAUAUCGAUAAGUUGAAAUCAAAUUGUCAUAUCUAAAAAAAUCAAAAUUGAGUUAAAGUUUUAGUAUAAAAAAAUUCCAGCAUUGUAGUUGUAUUAAUGCUAAACUUGGUAUUUAGAAUAAGAUUACAACUGUCCGAUAUCAAACCAAAUGUAGAAGAACUUGGUUCAAACAAGACACAGCUUCAAUACUCUCAUUAUUGUUGAGAGUUUUAUAAAGCCUUAUGAUUUUGAAUUUAUUAGUAGCAUCAUACAACAAAAACACAAUAUUCUUCUACUAAUUUGAUAUAGCUUCCUAUAGAGAUAAUAUAUUUUGAACUUUAGAAUUUUCACAGUAAUAUUUGAUAACAAGGUGGUAAAUAAUAUGUUCAAAGUCAUACAUUAUCAUCAUUAUCAUCAGCAGUCCAUAGUCGUCCACUGCUGAACAUAGGCCUCCUCGGAAAACCUUAAUUCAGACCAAUCUUACGCUGCUGCAAUCCAGUUGCUCCUCUUUAUGUCGUCAGUCCAUCUUGUGGGUGGUCUUCCGGGGUUUCGUCUAUCCGCUCUCGGUCUCCACUCCAAGAUUUUUUUGGUCCACCUAUUAUCCUUCAUUCUAGCGACGUGUCCUGCCCAUCUUCAUUUAAUUUUGGCUAUGUGUUUUAUAAUGUCUUCUACACCACUUUUUCUACGGAUUUCUUCGUUUCUUACCCUAUCUCGCAACGUUAUGCCUAACAAUGAUGUUUCCAUUCCACGUUGCGUCACUUGUAGUUUUCGUGCAGAUGUCCUUGUUAGGGUAAGUGUCUCUGCGCCAUAUGUAAGGACAGACAGGACACACUGAUUAAAGGCUCUUCUUUAUAAGUUGAUUGGUAUAUCACCUUUAAAAAUAUCACGCAUUCUUCCAUAUGCUGCCCAUCCCAGUGUUAUUCUUCGUAGCAGCUCAGCAGUUUGAUUAUCUCUGCUAAUUUUUACCGUAUGUCCAAGGUAUAUAUAUAGCUGUCAACAAUUUCAAUUUCGACGUUUUCUUCCCUUAGGUAAAGGAUGGCUCGGAACUAAAUUUGUCAUCAUUUUUGUCUUUUGGUAGUUAAUAUUUAGACCUACUUUACGUGCUACGUCGCUGAGUUUAUUCAACAUAUCACUGGCAGACUUUAGAUCAUCCAAAACCAGAACAAUAUCAUCUGCGAAUCGUUGUUGACUAAGCAUCUCACCAUCAAUAUUUAUUUCUUUACUUUCCCAUUCCAGUGACUUCAAAGCAUGUUCAAGUAUAGUAAUGAACAACUUAGGCAACUUAGGCGACAUAGUAUCUCCCUGUCGAAUACCUCUCCUGAUAUGUAUCUUAUUGGUAGGACUGUGCAGAUUUAUAGUUUGUUGUUGUAACAUUUCUGUGUAUAUUUUCCAUAAUAUUGGUGUAUCAAAUAAUACUUUCUCCUGUAAAGUGAUACAGAAGAAGAUUAAAUCGAUUUUAAUAAUGAAUAACACAAAUUAAUGGUUUAGAGACAGAUUUUAAUCUUUUACUGUGAGUGAACUAGACGCGUAAUACCACAUUUUAUCUUCGCAUUGCAAGACUGCAGGGCUGAGCUAAUUAAUUCCUUCGAUAUAAGAAUUUCAGCAAUAAAUAUUUCACUGGUUUCACCCUUUUCCCGUCGCACAUUUAUGGGUAAAAGGGGAAAAGAAUAUGGCUUUAUGAGAAUGAUUUGACUGAAGUUAUUUAGAGAUUCUACUAAAAUUCCAACAAUUAUAAUCAAAUUGAAAUUAUUUUUUAUAGACAAUUUUAGAAAAGCCCUUAAAAAAUAUAUAAAGCAUGUAUUAAUGACAACUCUUUAGUGUUGGGUAGCUUUAGCCAAUAGGUAUUUCGAAAGAGAGUGAUAUUUACUUAGUACUAAAUAAGUAAAUUUUUGUUCCUUCCCUUAUGAAAAUGAUUGUCAAAUAAAUAUAUAUUAUCUCUAAAAUAAUAUAAUUACUAUAUUUCUACGUAAUUGUAAAUUGUAAAUAUCUAAUUAUAUUUUUUUAUGUAGAAUUCAUUCUAUAUGAGACUAUUAGUCAUAAUAAUUAAAAAAGAAAUAUUGUAAAUUUAAUUCGACUUGCC